CUCUCUAAUUAGUGCGCGUGCUCUUGUGUAAAGGUGGAGGCUCGGCUCGUCGCUGCUGCGCGGCUCAGAAGAAACUUGUGCGGUUGAAACUUUGACAAACAUCGUUAAAUGCCUGCCACAUAGCCAGACAUAUUUAAAGUAUAUGCUGCUGAAGAACUCUCCCAAUGUCUGACGAAGGUGAGGAAACCGACAACGGCGAGAGAGCCCAUCUCUCUGAGUCUCCCUCGCCGUCCCUGUCUGUCGGUCUUCCGCGAGGAUCUCCUUCCUCACCGCGGCCCCUGUAUCUCUUCUCCUCCGCCUCUUCGCUGCUGGGGGACACAGACCUGCCUUACCUCGCCACUCCGGAGUGUCUUCAGCCGUCUCCAGAUGAUCGGGAAUCCGGGGACUCCCCGCACUUUACAACGCCAAAGUUCUGCCGGAGCACCAGGGACACCGGCUCUGCGUUUCAUUCGCGCCAGGAUGUGCGCAUAGAUGCGGUGUACGACCGCUGCGAUGACCCGUUUCUCAAAUGGAGAGGACGAAGCGCGGCUAACGCUGAGCGCUUUCAGCACCACGGACAGAGACUCCAGCGGGCUCCGGAGCUCCACGGGAACCACUCUGUCGAACACAUCGACACCGAGUUCAACUCCGAAUCCAGGCAAACGGUAGAGGCCAUGCAUCGCCGGCACACCACACUGAGAGAAAAGGGGCGACGCCAGGCAGUGCGGGGCCCGGCCUACAUGUUCAAUGAACGUGGCUCAGCCCUCACAGCAGAGGAGGAGCGUUUUCUGGAUGCUGCAGAAUACGGAAACAUUCCUGUAGUCCGCAAAAUGCUGGAAGAGUCCAAAACGCUUAACUAUAAUUGUGUGGACUACAUGGGCCAGAAUGCUUUGCAGCUGGCAGUGGGAAAUGAGCACCUAGAAGUGACCGAGCUGCUUCUAAAGAAGGAUGGUUUGGCUAGGAUUGGGGAUGGCUUACUUUUGGCUAUUUCUAAGGGUUAUGUUCGAAUCGUUGAAGCCAUUCUUGCCCACCCUGCUUUCGGCGGAGGACUCCGACUUGCUUUGAGUCCUCUUGAGCAGGAGAUGCGAGAUGACGACUUUUACGCUUAUGACGAGGAUGGAACGCGUUUUUCACAUGACGUCACGCCCAUCAUCUUGGCGGCUCACUGCCUGGAGUAUGAGAUUGUCCACAUCCUUUUGACAAAGGGGGCCCGCAUUGAAAGGCCACAUGACUACUUCUGUAAAUGUUCAGAAUGUAUUGAGAAACAGAAGCAAGACUCGUUCAGUCACUCACGCUCCAGGAUGAAUGCAUACAAGGGCCUGGCCAGUGCAGCUUACCUGUCACUCAGCAGUGAAGACCCUGUGCUGACCGCCCUCGAGCUCAGCAACGAACUGGCAAGACUGGCCAACAUUGAGACAGAGUUUAAGAAUGACUACCGUAAGCUGUCCAUGCAGUGUAAGGACUUUGUGGUGGGUGUGUUGGACCUUUGUCGGAACACAGAGGAAGUGGAGGCCAUAUUGAACGGUGACGUUGACCAGUGCCCUCCAAGCGCCUACAACCGACCCUGCCUCAGCCGUGUCAUACUGGCCAUCAAGUACGAAGUCAAGAAGUUUGUUGCCCAUCCUAACUGCCAGCAACAGCUGCUGACUAUCUGGUACGAGAACCUGCCGGAUAUGAGGCAGCAGUCUGUUGUAGUGACGUGCUGGACAGUGCUGGGGAUCACCGUAGGUUUGCCGUUCUUGGCCUUGGCCUACUGGAUAAUGCCAUGUAGCAAGCUCGGACAGAUCCUGCGAAGCCCCUUCAUGAAGUUUGUGGCCCACGCUGUCUCCUUCACCAUCUUCUUGGGUCUGCUUGUUGUCAACGCCUCUGACCGAUUUGAGGGUGUUAAGAACCUGCCAAAUGAGACCAUCACAGAUCACCCGCGACAGGUGUUCAGGGUCAAGACCACCCAGUUUUCCUGGACUGAGAUGUUGAUCAUGAAGUGGGUGUUGGGUAUGAUUUGGUUGGAAUGUAAGGAGAUCUGGAGUGACGGGCCCAGAGAGUACAUCAUGCACCUGUGGAACGUUUUGGACUUUGGCAUGUUGUCCAUCUUUGUAGCAUCCUACACAGCACGCUUCAUGGCGUUCCUCAAGGCUUCCAAAGCCCAGCAGUAUGUGGACAUGCACGUACCAGAUGAAGACCUCAGCAACGCUUCGCUACCUGACGAAGUUGCCUACUUCACUUUCGCCAGGAACAAAUGGCGCCCCUCAGACCCCCAGAUCAUCUCAGAAGGCCUGUACGCCAUCGCUGUGGUGCUGAGCUUCUCACGCAUCGCGUACAUCCUGCCAGCCAACGAGAGCUUUGGCCCACUGCAAAUCUCACUGGGGCGCACAGUCAAAGAUAUCUUCAAGUUCAUGGUCAUCUUUAUCAUGGUGUUUGUGGCCUUCAUGAUUGGCAUGUUCAACUUGUACUCGUACUACCUGGGAGCCAAGUACAACCCUGCCUUUACUACGGUGGAGGAAAGUUUUAAAACUCUUUUCUGGUCGAUCUUUGGCCUGUCUGAAGUGAUCUCAGUGGUGCUGAAGUACGACCAUAAGUUCAUAGAGAACAUCGGCUACGUGCUGUACGGAGUCUAUAAUGUCACGAUGGUGGUUGUGCUUCUCAACAUGCUCAUUGCUAUGAUCAACAGCUCGUACCAGGAGAUAGAGGAGGAUGCCGACGUGGAGUGGAAGUUUGCCCGAGCCAAGUUGUGGCUCUCCUACUUUGAUGAGGGCCGCACCCUGCCCGCCCCCUUCAACCUGGUUCCCAGCCCAAAGUCCUUCUACUACCUGGUCCUCCGCAUCAAGUCCUGCCUGAUACACCUCUGCAAGGCCAACAGCCGUCGCCAUAACAAUGAGCUAGAGCUGGGCAUGCUCAACUCACAGGCAAAGGAUGAACACUUCAAGACUUAUCCGCGCCCGGGAGAAGAGUUCAUCCCCAAAAAAUCUAUAAAACACCCGACCAGAUACCAGAAAAUCAUGAAGCGGCUGAUUAAGCGGUACGUGCUUAAGGCUCAAGUGGACAGAGAGAGCGAUGAAGUCAAUGAAGGCGAGCUGAAGGAGAUAAAGCAAGACAUUUCCAGCCUCCGUUAUGAGCUCCUGGAGGAGAAAUCGGACGCCGCUGGAGAGCUGGCUGUGCUCAUCCAACAACUUGGCGACAAGUUUGGCAAGAACACCAUGAGACAUUGACAGGACUUGCUUGCAAGAAGAGAGAGAGAGAGGGAAGAAGGGAGGGAGGAAGAGGUGAAAGAGUGAGGAGGUGGGGGUAGAGAGCCGGGUCAGGGAAGGUAUUUUUAAGACUGUUAUAGGGAAAGGGGAAGAAAACAAGGAAAGUGGGAUGUUUAUGAGAUAGACAGGGAAGAAAGUGGAGGAAAACACAUGAGAGAAACACACAGGGCACAGAGGGAAAAUUUGCUAAUUUAAAGCAAGAGGCAAGUGUUUGGUGUAUGCAAUGACCAAUUAGGGAUAAGGAAGAUAGCUGUGACUGCAAGGGUCAGAGGUGAAGUACAUUCACAUGGUGGGUCUUUGUGUUGACAGUUGAAUUCUCAUUAAGGGCAACGUCUUCAGGGAGUGAGAGAAGAAAGGAAGAUGCAGGCUCGUAGGCUGGGUGGGAGAUAGAGGAUGGAGAACACAAGCUCCAGGUGAUAUGAAGAGGCACCACGGGGCAGAAGACUGAGGCAGCACAGUGACGAGGGCCCCCAUAUCCACUGCAAAGAGACAUUAGUGUAUCACCAAUUCGGAAGAUAAGAAAGGAAACCCAGAGAAAGGCUGGAGGGUGAGGGACGGGGGGGGUGGGGGGGUGGGGGGGGGUAAGAAAGAAGGUAUCUGGGAAAAAAAAAAACCUGCCACUGUUAUUCACACCACAAAGUCUGGCUUUGCUUCUGUGUUCUCUGUUAUCUCUGUCAGGACAAGCACAGUGAUGCCUGUCGAGAUUAUGUACACCCCUUUAUACACCAGGCUAUCUAAUUAAAGCAUUUCCAUCCACAAUGCACAACUUGUAAUCAGGAAAAAGCGGAGAAACAGUGUAGGAUUUAUGCACUCAUUUGAAAGUCACCAAAGCUCCCUCCAAACAUGCAGUCAGUGACCUUUGUAUGUCUACAUAACACACAGUUUGUUGUAUAGACAUUUAGUAUUGGAGCUCCAUGUGAACUGUCGCCAUGAGAUCUUGUGUUAGUAGAAAUCAGCUUUGCAGAGUUCCAAAAAAAAGUGCUGAUAACAUUACUCCAGACAGCAUGUAUUUUACCUCACUCAGAAUUAUUUCAAAUACAAUAUACUAAGUAAUCACAUGCUGCCAGAAAGCAUGCAUUAGCAAAUACAGACAGGAAAAGCAAAUGUCACAUGAUGCCUCUCCCACUUUGUUUAAAGUUGAGGACUCAUGGGUAUUGGAACAACUUCAAGACAAUAACAAUGUAAGAUAUGUCCUAGAAAACUGUUGUGGAUGUUCUCCUUUUCAUUGUGCCUUUGCAGCACAAAGUUUCUCUAUUUUCUAAAAUAGUAACCAAAGAGCGACAUGACCCAGAGGAGUUGUGUUCACAGCUGUGAAGUGCAGGAGGUCAGUGUUUAUGAGAAGCACAUGAAGGCAGGAAAACUCUGAUCGCUUUAGGGCAACCAGACGUUUGUGAGGUGAGAAAAUGUGGGAGAUACAGAGAUAUGGGAUUUUAGACUUCUGGAACAUGUAAUAGUGCAAGUAUUUGGAUUGUGCUGCAGAAGCUGUGUGGAGUAAUGUUAUGCUCUUGUUUGUCUUUAGGAAACUUAUUUAACAGACGGCUGCACUACGGUAGCUAACUGGCUGCGUUACACUUCCCCAGUCAUUCGACUGACAUGGGUGAUAGUUGCAAUGUUGCUUCAACUUUAGAUAUACGUAGAGAAAAUGUGAUCCCAAUAUUACUGUUUGAUAAACUGCAAAUUCUGCCCAAUUGCAAUCUUUUUAUUUCUUUUUUUUUAUUGUGAAGUGAAAAACUGUAUCUACAAAAAACAAUACACAGAUGUAGUAUCUGUCCAUCAUGGAACAGCAGCUUAUUUUGGGAUUUUGAUAACAAAAACAAUAGCCUUCAGUCCACUAUUUGUACUCUGUCCAAUCCCUAAACCAGAAGGCAUUCAGGAUCCAGCAAUUCGAAGGAGAUUAGUGUUUUUCUUGUUAGAAUGCUUCAGUGAUUUUUAAAAUUCAGUUUCUUACUCAGAGGCUUGCCAUUUUGUUCCCCACCACUUUUGGGAAACAGCAACAUCCAAUGUUCACAUAACACCACAUAUAUCACAUAUAUCAUAUAUAUAAAAACUUCAUACAGUUUGGGUAUUUUACAUAUUUAUUAAUUAAUUAUUUAAUUAACAGACUGAAUGGAUUUUGCUGUGGAUUCAGAUAAUUAGAAUAUAUGGUUACACUUUACUUGAUACUGUCAUGAACAUGUCAUAAACAUUAAUAACAUAAUGCUUAUUUUUAGUAAAUGUCAUUCAGUUUUGUCAAGACAAUUUAGGGUGAGAGUUCAUGUGUCAUGACAGUGUCAUGUCACUCUUAUGUAGAUACUUUUAAGUAAAGUGUUACCAAAUAUGUCAUACAAUCACUUCCAUCUCUUUUUAAACCAAUAAGAAAACAUCAAAAUAACAACACCAUGGUUUUAUUCUUCGAGUAUUGUGUGAAUGCUAUCAAAUGUCAUUACUUCAUACUUUACAUAUUAACACGUUUAGGGCUGUCAUUAAACAUUAUUUGUUUUGGUGGGAAAAACAAAUCAGACCUUCUUCAUGUCAACAUUAUUAACCAUUGAACCUUCAACUUGCAAGACUGUGAGAUGAGUCACUGCCAUAACAAAUGAGUCUAUAUAUAAGGUAGUUUCAAAAGCUUCUAACAGUAAAAGCUAAGGUCACUAGCAGGUGCAGUAACCCCCUAUUAACACUGUUAAUUGCAGCGAUAAUCUUUAUCAGAAGGCUUUAAAAAAUAAAUGAAAGGGUUUUUAAGUGAUAGGAUAUGAUAUUCAACCUUUACUGAUCAUAUUUUGUUUCACAUACACAAAUGUUUUUUAGAGGUUUUUCUUUAAGUAAGUAGUGAGACUUGUGUCUUGAUUGUUCUAUACGUAUCAGAGGGUUAAAGAGCAGAACCCCGCUAGUUAUGAGAAAACUCUCAGAGAAGGUUUUAUGAUUACCUGAAAUACUGUAUUUUUCACUUGUACGCAAGACAUAUAGAUUAAAGCAAAAUCUUGUACUGUAUAUUGUCAUAUUUUUGAUCCUUGAAUUAAAGAGAGUACACUCUAAACUA